AUGCCCCGUGCCUUCCUGGUCAGGAGUAGGCGUCUGCAACCACCCAAUUGGGGCCACCUGCCUGACCAGCUCCGGGGAGAUGCCUAUGUCCCAGGUGGGCCCCUCACUAGGCCUGGAGUUGAGGGGCAGUGAAGACAAAGCAUCACCGUCUGGCUUCUCUUCUCAGAUUGCAGUAGCCUGGAGGGGCCACCAGCACACCAAUCUUCUGGCCUUGGGGACUCUUGGGCAGCGCCCAGGCAGGGGACUUUGGUCACCACUCCCAGGGACCCUGGGAUGCUUGGCUGCCCGUUCUGCCCCAAGGCCUUCCCGUUGCAGCGCAUGCUGACAAGGCACCUCAAGUGCCACAGCCCUGCACGCCGCCACGUGUGCCACUGCUGUGGCAAGGGCUUCCACGACGCCUUUGACCUCAAGCGCCAUAUGAGGACUCACACUGGGAUCCGCCCAUUCCACUGCAGAGCUUGCGGGAAAGCAUUUACACAGCGCUGCUCGCUUGAAACGCAUCUUGCCAAGGUGCACGGGCAGCCGGCCAGCUACGCUUACCGUGAGCACCGUGAGAAGUUGCAUGUGUGCGAGGACUGUGGCUUCACCAGCUCGAGGCCCGACGCUUACGCACAGCAUUGUGCCCUGCACCGCGCUGCUUGAGACU